GUGUACAAAAUUAGGGUUUCUAAUUUUACUCUGCUUCGUCUCCUAUAUAAUUCAAAGAACUCUUACACUGUCGCCUGCUACGCCGCUCAAACCCAGUCCCCCUCCACGGCGAAGUGAGAGAUUUCUGAGAGAAUAAUAAUCCAUCGGAAAUGGUGACUUACAAGUUCCAUCAGUACCAGGUGGUGGGGAGAGCUCUGCCGACUGAAACAGAUGAGCACCCUAAGAUCUACCGAAUGAAGCUGUGGGCUACGAAUGAGGUUCGGGCCAAGUCCAAGUUUUGGUAUUUUCUGAGAAAGCUUAAGAAAGUGAAGAAGAGCAAUGGCCAGAUGCUCGCUAUCAACGAGAUUUUCGAGAAAAACCCGACGACCAUCAAGAACUAUGGCAUAUGGCUCCGUUACCAGAGUAGAACUGGUUAUCACAACAUGUACAAAGAGUACCGUGAUACCACCUUGAACGGUGCUGUUGAACAAAUGUAUACCGAGAUGGCUUCUCGUCAUAGAGUUCGCCACCAUUGCAUUCAAAUCAUCAAGACAGCCACAAUCCCAGCUAAGCUUUGCAAGAGGGAGAGCACCAAGCAGUUCCAUAAUUCAAAGAUCAAGUUCCCCUUGGUGUUCAGGAAAGUGAGGCCACCAACCAGGAAGCUCAAAACUACAUACAAGGCUACUAGACCUAACUUGUUUAUGUAAACAUGUUGGUCAUUUGCUGGAGGGAAGAAUUUCCUAUUUUCUGCAAUUUUUUUGCUUUAAUAUUGAGGGAAGAGAAAGUCUGCCUGCGCUUGAUGGAUAUUUUCAUUUUGAUUACUAGGAUAUUAAACUUGCGUUUGACGGUUAUCGAAAUAUUGUUUGUCAACCUUUUGGCCUAUAGACUGCUUUCUAGUUGAUUUUAUCGUUCCUUCAAUGUCUGGUAUAUCUAUCAUCCAUGUUUUAUCUACAUUUUGAGACAUCGGAUUCUUCGAGUUCACUGUAUUAUUUGUUCCA